CGGGGCCGCGCCGCCCCGGCCGCCCUUUGUUGUCUCGACCGCCGCCGAGCCCCCGGCCGGCAGCAGCGACGGGCCCCGGCGGCGGGGCGGGCGGGCGGGCGAGAUGUCCCAGGAAAAUCUCCUCGGCAUGGACGAGGGAGCGCUGCGGAAGCUGCUGGAGGCAACGCUGGACCUGGCCGAGCGGCGCCGCAUCCGCUCGGCCAUCAGGGAGCUGCAGCGGCAGGAGCUGGAGCGGGACGAGGAGGCACUGGCAUCCAAGCGCUUCCGCCCGGAGCGCGGCAGCAACCGACAGGACGACAAGGAGAACUGGCCGCGGUCCCGGUGCCUGGAGGAGGAGCAGCAGACAGCCCUGGCUGCCUUGUCCCGGCAGCUCGAAGCCAUCACAGACGUGGAGGAGCUGACGAAACUGCUGCGUGCAGCGGGUGAGUACGAGGAGCGCAAGCUGAUCCGAGCUGCCAUCCGCAAGCUGCGGGCUGAGGAGAUCGAAGCCGCAACCCUGGCUGGGAACGCGCAGAGCAGCCGGAGGGAUGUCAGCGAGCCCCACGCUAUGCCCGGGGAUGCGAAAAGCAGCCAGAGGGAUGAUGUUGAAACGCCAGCCCUGGCCGGGAGUGGGGAGAGCUGUGCCGAGGGCAGCACUGAGCCCCUGGCCACAGCCAGGAGUGGUGAGAACAGCCAGAGGGAUGAUGCAGAGCAGCCGGCACUGGCUGGGCCGGAGGAGAGCGGCCACGGCGGGACUGCAGAGCUGCCCCCUGCCCAGGAACCCAAAGGCUCAGUGGCCCAUGAGCAAGAUGACGCGGUGGAGCAGGAGCAUGUCCCGGCUGGGAUGCAGGAGCUACACAGCCAGCAGGCGGGAGACCCCCAGGAACCCAGUGCCCAGGCUGUGGUCUCAGGGACCCUUGUGCUCCUGGAGCUGCAGCCGGCCCCAGAGCCCGGUUUGGAGCCUGAAGAUGGUGGCAAGGAGCUGGAGCGGGGCCAGCCGUGCUCCCCGGGUGCUGCCCAGCCCAAGGGGCAGCACCAGGCAGCCUGGAAGGAAGGGAGCCCGGGCAGCCCUGCCACCACCCAGGAGCCCAGUGUGGGGCAAAGCCACCGGGUGGAGCAGCUGCCCCCAGGCCAGCCCAGUGCUGGCAGCCAGCUUCGUGUCGGGGUGCGUGGCCAGGUGCUGGGGCCGGCUGGGAGGCGCGGGGAGCUGCCAGCAGUGGCAGUGCCCACCCAGGAUGUAGUGGGGACGCCGGCUCACCUGAACACUCACCGGUGGGAGCAAGCACCCUCCUCCACACGCCCGGCUGGCCGCACGGAGCCGAGCCCCGCCGGGCCCCUGCCGCGGGCCGCCUCGGUGCGGGAGCGCGCCCAGCGCUUCACCCCGGCGGGCCCGGGGCCGGCCCUCAGCGCGGCGGCGGCGGCGGGCGGCCCGGCGGGGGCGGGCGGCGCGGCGGGGCGGGCCGGGCCCGGCCAAUGGCAGCGGGGGCCCCGCACGGCCCCGCCGGGGCCCGCUCAAAACGCGCGGGGCGGCGGCGGCGGAGGCGCAGAGCAGCGCCCGGCCCCGGUCCCCGCCGGCCCCCGCCCCGGCCCCGGCCUCGACGGCAUGAAGACCUACUUCACCAUCGAGAUCAAGGAUGGGCGCGUGCAGCCCCUCGCGCCCCGCGUCGUGGCAGCCCCCGGCAGCCAGCGGGCAGAGGUGACCCUGGGACUGCGGAGCACCCCCAUCCGCAUUACCACUGUCCCCAGCAGCGUCAGCAGCAUCUGCAGCAUCAGCAGGGUCAGCAGCAAUGUCGCCAAGGACCCUUGUGCCCACUUUGAGGGCACCGAGGAACCUGGCGGCCCCGUGGCCCAUCCACCCGCUUUCUCCAGCACGCGCCAGCAAUCAGCCUUGCACCUCUCCCGGAGCAACAGUGGCAUGGAGCCAGAGGUGGUGGAGCAGCCCCAGGCACCGAGGCUGGAGCCGGAGCUGCCCAACGGCAUGGAGAAGGCCCAAGUGAGGGAGACGGAGAGAAGGAGCAAGCUGAACAUUGAGGAGCUGAACAGGAUUGAGGAUGAGGAUGUUCUGGAUAAGAUGCUGGAUCGGACGACAGACUUUGAGGAGCGGCGACUGAUCCGAAACGCCAUGCGGGAGCUGCGCCAGCGCAAGCGAGACCAGCGGGAGAAGGAGCGGGACCAGCGGCUGCAGGAGAUGAGGAGCCAGGCUACAGCAGGGCGGGCCAGCCACGCCACGGAGACCACCACCACGCAGAGCACCCAGUCAGCCGAUGGCUCGGCACACAGCACCGUCACCAAGACCGAGCGUCUCGUCCAGUCUGGUGAUGGCACCAAGACCUCCCGUACCACAACCAUGGAGUCGAGUUACGUGAAGAGAUCAGACAAUGGCAACAGCACAUUUGUUCAAACCAAAUCAUCCUACAGCUCCUCUUCCAAGAAGACGGGCAGCAUCUUUGACCGUGAAGACGAGAGUGCCUCCAGGCAGAGCAGCCUGGCCGCGCUGGAGCGGCGCCAGGCUGAGAAGAAGAAGGAGCUGAUGAAAGCUCAGAGCCUGCCCAAGACAUCGGCCUCACAGGCUCGCAAGGCCAUGAUGGAGAAGCUGCAGAAGGAGAGCGGGAGCUCGCCAAACCCCGCGGCGGCGCGCACUGCCGUGCAGCGCUCCUCCAGCUUCGGCGUGCCCAACGCCAACAGCAUCAAGCAGAUGUUGCUGGACUGGUGCAGAGCCAAGACCCGGGGCUAUGAGCACGUGGACAUCCAGAACUUCUCAUCCAGCUGGAGCGACGGCAUGGCCUUCUGCGCCUUGGUCCACAACUUCUUCCCCGAGGCGUUUGACUACAGCCAGCUGACGCCCCAGAACCGCCGCCACAACUUCGAGGUGGCCUUCUCCUCCGCAGAGACGCUGGCGGACUGCGUGCCCCUGGUGGAGGUGGAAGACAUGAUGAUCAUGGGGAAGAAGCCAGACUCCAAGUGUGUCUUCACCUACGUGCAGUCCCUCUACAACCACCUGCGUCGCCACGAGUUGCGCAUGCGGCAGAAAGAGUGCUAGAGCCUGCCCUGCCUGCCCCCCCGCUGCCCCCUGCCCCCAGAGCUGCUGGCAGGCAGGAGAGCUGCCUGCCACAGGUGGGUCCAGGGGGACCACGGGACCGGUGCUGGGGAUGGGGGGGCUCUGCCACCGGGGCACCCCCACGCCUCUGCCUUGCUGGAGCUCCCAGCCGGCUGCGGGCUGACCCCGUGGGCAGGGCAAGGCAGGGCCAGGCAAGUGCUGCCAGGGAUGCUCCCCAGCUUGGCUUGCCUCCCGUGCUCCAGCGUGUUAAGUUAUUUGUUCUCCAGGAGUUGUUUGUCCCAUGGGCAGCACCUGCACGGCUGUGCCCUCGGGCCCAGGGCUGGCGUGGGUCAGCAGCCAAGCAGGGUUGUGCAGCCCAGCCUGGGUCGUGGUGCAUCCCACAGGCAGUGCACCCAUGAGCGGUUCUCCUUGGCCCCCUGCGAGGAAGCCCCUCUGCCCACCACAGGCCCUGCUUGGUGCCACCUCCCUGGGGACGGCUCUACGGCCCCGUGCUGACACCCUGCUUCCCACUGCGCACAUGCACCCUGGGGCGCUUCCACACUGGGGGCUGCAGCACCCAUGGGCUGGGGAGCGGGUGGGGAGGCGACGGGUCCCAGGGGAGCGAGGGGCCCAAGGAGCGAGCCAGGAUGGCAGCCGCCACUCUCCUCCCCAGCUCAGGGCACCACGUGCUCCGCGCCGCUCGCCUCUCCAUCACUGUCUCUACACCCGUGUUGACACGUGUACCAACACCAGCCAGAUAAUAAAGGUUUAUUCUAUAGGGUGACA